AUGUCUUCCAAUAGUUACGAGGUUUCUAUCCCAAUGUCAAGAAAAACCAAUGGCAUUCCGGAGACAACCUCUAAGGGCCCGAAGACAUUGACUCAAGGAGCUGUGUUAAGUUUUCAUAACAUCUGCUAUCGAGUAAAAGUGAAGACUGGCUUUCUACUUUGUCGGAAAACAAUUGAGAAAGAAGUACUAGCAAAUAUCAAUGGAGUCAUGAAACCUGGCCUCAAUGCCAUUCUGGGACCCACAGGUGGAGGCAAAUCUUCGUUGUUAGAUGUCUUAGCUGCAAGGAAGGAUCCACGUGGAUUAUCUGGAGAUGUUUUGAUCAAUGGAGCACCUCGACCUGCCAAUUUUAAAUGUAACUCAGGUUAUGUUGUACAAGAUGAUGUCGUGAUGGGAACUCUGACAGUGAGAGAAAACUUACAGUUCUCAGCAGCCCUUCGCCUUCCAACAACUAUGAAAAAUCAUGAAAAAAAUGAGCGGAUUAACAUGGUUAUUCAAGAGUUAGGUCUUGAUAAAGUGGCAGAUUCCAAGGUUGGAACUCAGUUUACCCGUGGUGUGUCUGGAGGAGAAAGAAAAAGGACUAGUAUUGCAAUGGAGCUUAUUACUGAUCCAUCCAUCUUGUUCCUGGAUGAGCCCACAACUGGCUUAGAUUCAAGCACAGCAAAUGCUGUCCUUUUGCUCCUGAAGAGGAUGUCUAAACAAGGACGGACAAUCAUCUUCUCCAUUCAUCAGCCUCGUUAUUCCAUCUUCAAGUUGUUCGAUAGCCUCACCUUGUUGGCCUCAGGAAGACUAAUGUUCCAUGGGCCUGCUCAGGAGGCCUUGGAUUACUUUCAAUCCAUUGGUUUCCACUGUGAGCCCUAUAAUAACCCUGCAGACUUCUUCUUGGACAUCAUUAAUGGAGACUCUUCUGCUGUGGUGUUAAAUAGAGAAGACACAGGUGAUGAAGUCAAUGAGACCAAAGAACCUUCCAACAAAGAUACUCCACUCAUAGAAAAAUUAGCUGAGUUUUAUGUCAACUCCUCCUUCUUCAAGGAAACAAAAGUUGAAUUAGAUAAAUUCUCAGGGAGUCAGAAAAGGAAGAAGCUUCCAUCCUACAAGGAGACCACUUAUGCUACCUCCUCCUGUCAUCAGCUCAAAUGGAUUUCCAAGCGUUCAUUCAAAAAUUUACUGGGUAAUCCCCAGGCUUCCAUAGCUCAGAUAAUUGUGACAGUCAUCCUGGGACUGGUUUUAGGUGCCAUUUUCUAUGGUCUAGAAAAUGAUCCCUCAGGAAUCCAGAACAGAGCCGGGGUGCUCUUCUUCCUGACGACCAACCAGUGUUUCAGCAGUGUGUCAGCCGUGGAGCUCCUGGUGGUGGAGAAGAAGCUCUUCAUACAUGAAUAUAUCAGUGGAUACUAUAGAGUGUCAUCUUACUUCUUUGGAAAACUGUUAUCUGAUUUACUCCCCAUGAGGAUGUUACCAAGUAUUAUAUUUACUUGUAUAAUAUACUUCCUGUUAGGACUGAAACCAAAGGUGGAGGCCUUCUUCAUCAUGAUGUUUACCCUGAUGAUGGUGGCUUUUUCAGCUAGUUCGAUGGCAUUGGCUAUAGCAGCAGGUCAGAGUGUGGUAUCCAUAGCAACUAUGCUCAUGACCAUCUCUUUUGUGUUUAUGAUGAUAUUUGCAGGGCUGUUGGUAAAUCUCAAAACCGUUGUGCCUUGGUUGUCUUGGCUUCAAUACUUGAGCAUUCCUCGAUACGGCUAUGCGGCUUUGCAGCAUAAUGAAUUUUUGGGACAAAACUUCUGCCCAGGAAUCAAUGUAACGACAAACAAUACCUGUGACUAUGCAAUAUGUACUGGAGAAGAAUUCCUGACAAACCAGGGCAUAGAUAUCUCGCCAUGGGGCCUAUGGAAGAAUCACGUAGCCUUGGCAUGCAUGAUUGUUGUCUUCCUUACAAUUGCCUACUUGAAAUUGUUAUUCCUUAAAAAAUUUUCUUAA